UUUAACCAAAGAAAGAUUUCAAAUGGGUUUUGCCUAAUUAAAAGGUUUCAUUGGAAUAGUAUUUAAGAAAAAAGAUUAACAGUUACACUAGUCAUUGUUGUAAAGGUUGAACGUUAGUUUCUCCAUAAUGCAAACGUUGAUUGCAUGGGUGGUUUGCGCACUGGUAGCCAGUGUGGUGAGCCAAGAGGUUCUACAGAAUGGAGGGUUCGAAUCUCUCGACCACUGGGACUGCUGGAGUCCUAUUCAGUGCAAAAUCGUGACUGACAGCCAUUCUGGCGCUGGUGCUAUGGAGAUACAAAACAGAAAGAAAUACUGGCAAGGGCCGUCACAAUAUAUCAACGUGACACGAGGGACUGGCUACGAGGUGAGCGCACACAUCAAACUACAGAACGACCGGGGUAUCGGACACAGAGUUGAGCUGCAGGUGGAGUUUGAGAUGACAGACGGCACUCACGAGUACAAGAGAGCAGCUAGCCAAGAGGAAACUAGAGUUGAUGACGGAUGGGUUCAUCUGAUCGGCUUGUUUUAUGUUCCAAACAAAGAUGUCAGGCUGACCAGAAUCCACUUUCAAGGACCAGAGGAGGGAAUCAGUUUUGUCGUCGACGACGCUUCAGUCAAGCGAAUGCCCUCGGGUGCUGCUGCUGCUGAUGUGAGCAGCGAGAUCGACAGACUGAGAAGAAGCAACAUAGUGGUUCACGUGACAGCUGGUGCUAACAUCAACCACGGUCAAGUAAACAUACGGGUGGUACAAAAGAAGAAGUCGUUCCCGUUCGGAACUGCUGUGGACACCUCCUACAACGAUGCUUCCAAGACAAAAUACCGGGAUUUCAUCCACCAGCACUACAACUGGGCAGUGCCAGAAAACGCACUCAAGUGGGGCAGCAUCGAACAAACUAGGGGACAUGCGAACUAUCAGCGUGGCCUGAGCAUGGUUCACGGACUGAAAAGUCACGGGAUUAAGGUGAGAGGUCACUGCCUGGUGUGGUCUGUAGAUUCGAUGGUGCAGAACUGGGUCAAGGCUCUGCAUGGGGAUGAGCUGCGAAAGGUUGUCCAUACCACAUUGGUGGAAACCGUCAACACAUUUAAGGGCUUAGUGGAGCACUGGGACGUGAACAACGAGAACCUUCAUGGCAAGUGGUACCAGAAUCAACUGAAUGAGCCGAACUACAACCUGGAACUGUUCCGUAUCGCACACGCCGCCGACCCCAACGUCAAACUCUUCCUCAACGACUACGGCGUUGUGGCUUGGAGUACCGAUGUGAAUCAUCGUCUGGAUACUUUAGCUCAAGUGGGCGUGCCCAUCUGGGCCACAGAGUUGGAUGUGAGAUCUACGGACGAGAACAAACGAGCGGACUUCUACGAGCACGCGCUGACAGCCCUGUACAGCCAUCAUGCCGUGGAGGGCAUCCUCAUGUGGGGCUUCUGGGACAAGACCCACUGGCUGGGUGUCAAUGCUUCUCUUGUUGUCGGGGACAACCUGCAGCUGACGGCCGCCGGACGUCGCGUGCUGGAGCUCUUUGAGCACAGGUGGCUGACGGACGACACGCACAACCUGGCAGCGGGCAACCAGUUCACAGUACGCGGUUUCCAUGGCGACUACGAGGUGCACGUGAUCUACCAAGGUCAGGAGCGCAACCAACCUGAACAGACGUUCACGUUGGGCAGCGCAGCCCACCCGUCAACAUCAACAUUAGCUAGAACGACACUCGUGGGCAAUAAAGUUGAAAUUAAUCUUUAG